CUCUCUCUCCUCUCUUUCUCUCUCUUGCCCAACACUCAUCGUUAAAAUUCCAAUCCGCCAAUCGAAAUUAGGUUUCGUUUCAAAUUUCCUGUACAAAAUCCUGGAUCCCGAUCUGCGUCUGAGCACUAGGCGCUCUUCCUCUGCUUCUGCAUUUGCCUAGAUCAGAUUGCUAGGGCGAGCGAGGGAGCGAGAAAGCUAGGUUUUAUUUUUUUUCCGGUGAGAAAUGUCGUCGGAGGAAGAGAAGCUGUUGAAGGAGGCGAAGAAAUUGCCGUGGGAUGAUCGGCUUUUUCAUAAGAACUGGAAGGUGCGAAAUGAAGCCAACAUCGACUUGGCUGCCCUGUGCGACUCCAUCACCGAUCCGAAGGACGCUCGCCUUCGUGAAUUUGGUUCGUUUUUUAGGAAGACGCUGGCGGAUGCCAAUUCGCCGGUGCAGGAGAAGGCGCUUGAUGCAUUGAUUGCUUAUUUACGUGCGGCGGAUGCUGAUGCUGCAAGGUAUGGGAAGGAGGUUUGCGAUACCAUUGUUGCGAAAUGCCUCACUGGCAGGCCGAAGACGGUGGAGAAGGCGCAGGCUUCCUUCAUGCUUUGGGUGGAAUUGGAGGCUGUGGAUGCUUUCUUGGAUGCCAUGGAGAAAGCAAUAAAAAACAAAGUCGCCAAAGCUGUUGUGCCUGCAAUUGAUGUCAUGUUUCAAGCCUUAAGUGAAUUUGGCUCAAAAAUUAUUCCUCCGAAAAGGGUUCUUAAGAUGCUUCCUGAACUAUUUGACCAUCAAGAUCAAAAUGUUCGUGCAUCUUCUAAAGGACUUACUCUUGAGCUUUGCCGUUGGAUUGGAAAAGACCCUGUAAAAUCAAUAUUGUUUGAGAAAAUGAGGGAUACGAUGAAAAAAGAAUUGGAGGCUGAGCUCGUCAAUGUCACUGGGACGGCCAGACCAUCUCGCAAAAUCAGAUCCGAGCAAGACAAGGAGCCAGAAAAGGAAGUUGUAUCUGAAGUCGUUGGUCCUGGUCUUUCUGAGGAAUCUACAGCGGAUGCUCCUCAGGAAAUAGAUGAAUACGAGCUUGUUGAUCCUGUUGAUAUUUUGACUCCUCUGGAUAAGUCUGGAUUUUGGGACGGAGUGAAAGCAUCCAAAUGGUCAGAGCGAAAGGAGGCUGUUGCUGAACUCACCAAGCUUGCUUCAACCAAAAGAAUAGCUCCUGGUGACUUCACCGAAAUAUGUAGGACAUUGAAGAAGCUUAUAACAGAUGUGAACAUAGCUGUUGCAGUUGAAGCUAUCCAAGCUCUCGGCAAUCUUGCCAAGGGCCUAAGAACUCACUUUUCUGGCAGUUCGCGUUUUCUAUUGCCAGGGUUACUUGAGAAAUUGAAAGAGAAGAAGCCAACUAUGAGUGAGGCGCUGAACCAGACUCUUCAAGCUAUGCAUACAGCUGGCUGCUUAAAUCUUGUUGACAUUGUUGAAGAUGUUAAGACAUCAGUUAAAAAUAAAGUACCUCUUGUGCGAUCAUCAACUUUGAACUGGGUGACAUUUUGUAUUGAAACAAGUAACAAGGCUGUUGUUCUAAAGUUACACAAGGACUAUGUUCCUAUAUUUAUGGAGUGCCUCAAUGAUGGAACCCCAGAAGUGAGAGAUGCAGCAUUUUCAGCUUUGACAGCAGUAGCUAAGUCAGUUGGUAUGAGGCCUUUGGAGAGGUCCCUGGAGAAACUUGAUGAUGUCAGAAGAAAGAAGCUUUCUGAAAUGAUUAUGGGUUCCGAAGGUGGUACAUCCACUGCUUCAACCUCAGGUUUGUUUCAAAGCUCUGGUGUUACUGCAUCCUCUCUGGAGAAUUCAGACGGUUCAUUUGUUCGAAAGUCGGCUGCAAGCAUGCUUAGUGGGAAGAGGCCUGUUCAGGCAGUUCCUGCUAAACAAAAAGGGGGAUCUGGAAAAUCUGGUGGCAGUAAGAAAGAAGUAACUGCACAGCCGAAAGCUUCCAAGUCAGUUGAACCACCUGAAGACGUUGAGCCAGCAGAAAUGAGUCUUGAAGAAAUUGAGAGCAGAUUAGGUUCUCUUAUACAAGCGGAUACCAUCUCUCAAUUGAAGAGCGCUGUGUGGAAAGAACGGCUUGAAGCCAUAUCCUCAUUCAAACAACAAGUGGAAGCUUUACAGGACAUUAACCAGUCAGUUGAGUUAUUAAUUCGUUUACUCUGUGCUGUCCCUGGCUGGAGUGAAAAAAAUGUUCAGGUUCAACAACAGGUAAUUGAAGUUAUUACCUACAUAGCCUCCACUGCGAUGAAAUUUCCGAAGAAAUGUGUGGUACUGUGUCUUCUGGGUAUAAGUGAGCGGGUAGCAGAUAUCAAGACUCGGACUCAUGCGAUGAAGUGCCUGACUUCUUUCUCCGAAGCCAUAGGUCCAGGAUUUAUUUUUGAAAGACUUUACAAAAUCAUGAAAGAGCACAAGAAUCCUAAGGUUCUUAGCGAGGGAAUAUUGUGGAUGGUUUCAGCCGUCGAAGAUUUUGGUGUCUCACAUUUGAAGCUUAAGGAUUUGAUUGAUUUUUGCAAAGAUACUGGACUGCAGUCCAGUGCUGCUGCUACUAGGAAUUCUACUAUAAAACUUUUGGGUGUUACACAUAAGUUUGUUGGUCCAGAUAUCAAAGGAUUUCUUACGGAUGUCAAACCUGCACUACUUAGUGCACUGGAAGCGGAGUAUGAAAAAAAUCCAUAUGAGGGUGCUGCUGUGGUCCUGAAAAGAAAUGUUCGAGCAGCAGAAUCUUCAUCAGUUUCUGCUGGUGGGUUGGAUAGUCUUCCACGUGAAGAUAUUAGUGGAAAAGUCACACCUACUCUGCUGAAGAAUUUGGAGAGCCCUGAUUGGAAGGUUCGCUUGGAGUCAAUUGAUGCUGUAAAUAAAAUUAUAGAAGAGGCUAAUAAGCGCAUCCAGCCAACUGGAACUGUGGAGUUAUUUGGUGCCUUAAGGGGGCGAUUAUAUGACAGCAAUAAGAACCUAGUUGCAGCAACCUUGACAGCUAUUGGUAAUGUUGCAUCUGCAAUGGGAGCACUGGUUGAAAAGGCGAGCAAGGGCAUUCUGUCAGAUAUUUUGAAAUGUAUUGGAGACAAUAAGAAGCAUAUGAGAGAAUGCACUUUAGCUACUUUAGACUCAUGGCUCUCUGCUGUGAAUCUUGAUAAAAUGGUUCCUUAUAUCACGGCUGCUAUAACAGAAACCAAGCUUGGUGCAGAAGGGCGCAAAGAUCUCUUUGACUGGUUGACAAGGCAGCUUUCUGUGUUAAGUGAAUAUAAUGACGCUGUAUAUCUUCUGAAACCAGCUUCCUCUGCUAUGACGGAUAAAUCUUCAGAUGUUCGUAAAGCAGCAGAGGCAUGCAUUGCUGAAAUUUUGAGAGUUAGUGGACAUGAAGCGGUUGAGAAAAUUUUGAAAGAUAUCCAAGGGCCAGCUUUAGCUCUUGUUCUUGAACGGUUGAAGCCUUUCGGGUCUUCUCAAGCAAUAUCGACCGUACCAACAUCCAAAAGCAUCCCAAAGGUCGGAAAAUCUGCUUCCAAUGGAAUUGUAAAGCCUGGAAUGAAAGCCUUACCUUCAAGGACCAAUGCAAUGAAGGGAUCAAGGCAAGGUUCAAUACUGUCCGUCCAAGAUAUAGCUGUCCAGUCACAGGCCUUGAUAAAUGUUAAAGAUUCAGUUAAGGUGGAUAGGGAGAGAAUAGUGGUUAAGAGGUUUAAGUUUGAAGAACCACGAAUAGAACAGAUUCAAGAUCUUGAGAAUGACAUGAUGAAGUACUUCAGAGAGGAUCUGCAUAGGCGGCUUCUUAGUACAGAUUUUAAGAAGCAAGUUGAUGGACUUGAGAUGCUGCAGAAGGCACUUCCAACUAUCAGAAAGGAAAUGAUUGAAGUUAUGGAUAUAAUGCUUAGAUGGUUUGUUGUACAAUUUUGUAAAUCAAACACAACAUCCUUGCUAAAGGUGCUGGAAUUUCUUCAUGACCUUUUUGACAUGUUUAGGGAUGAGGGAUACAUGUUGACCGAAUCAGAAGCCGCAAUUCUCCUUCCAUGCCUAAUGGAGAAGCUUGGGCAUAAUGGAUCUGGAGUACGAAAAGAAAUGAAGGAGCUAGCCAGACAAAUUGUCGAGGCAUAUACUGCAGCAAAGAGUUUACCUUAUAUUUUGGAGGGAUUGCGCUCUAAGAACUACCGGUCACGAAUUGAGUGUGCUGAACUUGUCGGAUAUUUGAUCGAUCAUCAUGGAGCUGAGAUCAGUGGACAAUUAAAAUCUUUGCAAAUCGUUGCAAGCUUGACAGCAGAAAGAGAGAAUGAAAUUAGGAAGGCUGCUUUAAAUACUCUAGCUUCUGGUUAUAAGCUUCUUGGGGAGGACAUAUGGAGAUAUGUCGGGAAGCUAACAGGUGCUCAGAAAAGCUUGAUAGAAGAGAGAUUCAAGUAUACGGUUAAAGAUAUGGAGAGAAAUAAGGAAGGAAAGCCUGGCGAAGCUAGGGCUUCUUUGAGGCGUUCUGUUAGGGAAAUUGGGUCUGAUGUAGCAGAGCAGAGUGGAGAGCUUGCACGAUCUAUUGGUGCUCCAACACUUGCUAGGGGCAAUUAUGGUCAUACUGAGAUUCACAGGGAGAGACAGCUGAUGCCUCGUGGAUUUGCUGCUGUUAAUGGCCCAACAGACUGGAAUGAAGCUUUGGAGAUCAUUUCUUCUGAGGAUCCUGAUCAGUCGGUUGAAGGAAUGAAAGUUGUGUGUCAUGAGUUGGCACAGUCGUCCAAUGAUCCAGAAGGCAGUGCAAUGGAUGACCUAGUGAGGGAUGCUGAUAAACUCGUUUCAUGCUUAGCAAAGAAGGUAGCAACGACUUUUGACUUCAGUUUGACAGGAGCUUCAUCUAGGUCCUGUAAAUAUGUACUGAACACUCUUAUGCAGACAUUUCAAAAUAAAAGAUUUGCACAUGCUGUCAAGGAAAGUACUCUUGAUAGUCUAAUAACUGAGCUCCUGCUCUGGCUUUUGGAUGAGAGGGUUCCCCAUAUGGAUGAUGGCAGCCAACUUCUGAAAGCCUUGAAUGUCUUGAUGCUAAAGAUACUGGAUAAUGCAGACCGAACUUCAUCCUUCGUGGUUCUUAUCAAUCUCUUACGUCCUUUAGAUCCCUCAAGAUGGCCUGCGCCUGCAGCGAAUGAAACAUUGGCUGCCAGAAACCAGAAGUUCUCUGAUCUGGUUGUCAAAUGUUUAAUUAAACUUACAAAGGUUCUUCAAAGCACCAUAUAUGAUGUAGAUUUGGACCACAUCCUUCAAAGUAUCCAUUUAUACCUUCAAGACUUGGGUAUGGAAGAAAUCCGGAGAAGAGCUGGUGCUGAUGACAAACCAUUGCGCAUGGUGAAAACUGUUCUACAUGAGCUUGUGAAGCUUCGGGGAGCUGCAAUUAAAGGUCACCUUUCUAUGGUUCCUAUAGACAUGAAGCCCCAGCCAAUUAUUCUUGCUUACAUUGAUCUUAAUCUGGAGACUCUAGCGGCAGCAAGGAUGUUGACGUCAACUGGGUCUGGGGGCCAAACUCAUUGGGGUGAUUCAGCAGCUAAUAAUCCUUCAUCUGCUACACAUUCUGCUGAUGCACAAUUAAAGCAAGAACUUGCUGCCAUUUUCAAGAAGAUUGGCGACAAGCAGACUUGCUCCAUUGGUCUGUAUGAACUAUAUCGUAUAACCCAACUCUACCCUAAAGUUGAUAUAUUCUCUCAGCUCCAAAAUGCCAGUGAGGCUUUUCGGACUUAUAUUAGAGACGGUUUAACACAGAUGGAGAAGAAUGCAGCAGCUGGAAGGACACCUUCAAGUGUACCAAUGCCUACUCCUCCCCCAGCUUCUCUGAGCGUUUCUUCGCCUGAAUUUGCACCCCUUUCCCCUGUACACACAAAUUCAUUAAUGGAUUCAAAAUCAUUCAAUGUGAAAUCUGAACCAACUAGCUUUAACUUACCACCGGCAUAUGCUGAAGACAACAGGCUUCACAAUGCCAAUACUCCUAGAGGCCUGGUCGAAAACUCAAUGGUCGACCCAAGGAAUGAGAGAUAUAUGGGUGGAGUGACUAGUGGGACACUAGAUGCAAUAAGAGAAAGGAUGAAAAGCAUGCAACUAGCGGCAGCUUCUGGAAACCUGGAUUCAGAAGCUAGGCCAUUAAUGUAUGUAAAUGACAACCAGAAUCUGGGACUCUCUGAUCAGAUAAAUCGGGUAUCAGAGAAUACCCUCCAAAGUGGGGUUCUCCCUAUGGAUGAAAAGGCAUUAUCUGGGCUUCAAGCUCGGAUGGAGAGACUAAAGAGUGGGACAAUUGAACCCCUUUAAAGAAGAGAUGUGAAUAGGAAGAAUUUCUCCGAAGAUUUUUAUCUCAUGACCCCAUCAGGCCUCUAUUUUUGUAAAUGUCAGGGAGGCACUGCUUUCAUUACUCAGUCACAGCUACAGACCUGGUAUCUCAUGGCAUCCUCAAAGGCUGAGCUUUUUCUUGGGGUGUUGUUUAUUAUAUACCGCCGCUGUGUCUAGCAACGUUACAUUUGUAUAUUGUAGAAGCUUUACUCAGGUUUUGCUUUUCUUUUUUAGCGGGUAUAGACCACAUUUCCCAGGUCCUAAAAUUUUUGGCAGAGUUUAUAGGAUAUAGCACUGUCAUGUGCUAUUUGGCUUCUUUGUACUGCAAAACCUGUAGAAAUUUCAGUUUUAUAUUUGCUUUGGAAGCAUUUAAUCCUUGAUUAUAAUGCCUCCUAAUUUAAUACAAAUGUACCCAAUUUGUUUGUG